AUGACGCGCGCGGAGCUGGUGGCGGAACUGCGGAGCCUGCAGGCGGACCACGAGAAGUACCGGCAGGAAGUGGCGUUCCAGAAGGAUCUGCUGGCGUCGGUGGGGCAGUCCGUCAUCUGCACGGACCUCGCAGGCACCAUCACGUACUGGAACAAGGCAGCGGAGGCGAUGUACGGGUGGCGGGAGGAGGAGGCGGUGGGGCGGAGCAUAAUUGAGAUCACCCCCGCAGACACCACGGUGCAGCAGGCGGGGGAGAUCUUCGCCGCGCUCACCCGCGGGGACGUGUGGCGCGGGGAGUUCCUCGUGCGGCGCCGCGACGGCUCGCCCUUCCACGCCAUGGUCACCGACACGCCCAUCCUCGACCCCGAGGGGAAACUCGUCGGCGUGAUCGGCGUCUCCGCGGACAUAAGUGACCUGAAGCGCAAAGAAGGGGAGAUUCGCGCUCUCAAUGCAGCACUAGAGCAGCGAGUGGAGGAGAGAACGGAGCAGCUCAUGCGGUCCAAUGAGGCGCUGAAAUCGGAGAUCGAGCAGCACCUAAGAGCGCAGGAGCACCUGCGGCGCUGCAUCCGGGACCUGGAGGCGUCGCGGGAUAAGAUCUCGCAGCAGUCGGCCGCGCUGGAGCGGCUGGUGGGCCAGCUGAGAGAGGCACGCGUGGAGGCCGAGUCGGCGAAUCGGCUCAAGAGUCGAUUUCUGGCGUCUAUGAGCCAUGAAAUUCGCACUCCCAUGAAUGGGGUUCUCGGCAUGACGCGCCUGCUGCUCUCAACACCCCUACAGGAGGAGCAGAGGCAGUUUGUGGACACCAUCCGCAGCAGUGGGGACGCGUUACUCACCAUCCUCAACGACAUCCUCGACCUCUCCAAGAUCGAGGCGGGCGAGCUGGAGCUCGAGCACCGCGACUUUGACUUCUGCCGCUGCCUCGAGGACGCUGUCUCGCUGCUUGCCAUUCGGGCCAUGGAGAAGGGAGUGGCGGUGGUGAGCUUUGUGGAACCUAACGUGCCCAGGGUGGUCAGAAGCGAUUCUGCUAGACUGAGACAGAUUCUUGUGAACCUCAUUUCCAACGCCAUUAAGUUCACAGAGAAGGGCGAGGUGGAGGUCACAGUCUCUGCCACCCAACUGCCUGGCAGCUCGGAGCAGCACAUGCCAGAGCUGUUGGAAGAGAGUGCAAAGCAACAAACAGAUGGAGGCAGGGGAGACAUGCGCAAGGCAGGCAGCAGCGGAGGCAUGCACGAGGAAGAACAGGAACAGGAAGAGGCAAAGGAGGAGGGACUUAGCAGCAAGGGCGGAGAUAUGAGCCCUGGGGAUUCUGCACACAGUGGUUUUGCAGUGUGGGGCAAGGCGCUGAGUAGCAGGAGGAGGUGGAGAGGGGAGGAGACGCAGGGCAUGGAGAGGCAUGGUGUGCACUGCAUUGCAGUGAGUGUGCGGGACACGGGAAUAGGCAUUCCCAAGGAGCGAAUGAAGCGCCUGUUCAAGCCGUUCAGCCAGGUGGAUGUGAGCAUGACGCGCAAGUACGGCGGCACGGGGCUGGGCCUGGCGAUUUCACACCAGCUGGUGGGCAUGCUGGGAGGGCGCAUAUGGGCAGAGAGCGACGGGCAGGGGCGCGGGUCUACCUUCAGGUUCUACAUCACAGCGCCUGCCCUGCCCUUUGACCUCCACACUCCUGUUGAGGCGCAGCAGAAGUCGCCUGCUCCUCCUGCUUCUGCUGCUGCUGCUUCGCUUGGUCUGCUGUCCCAAGGAUAUGAAGCUGAUGCUACUACUGCUGCUUCGUCUGCUGUCCCUGCUCUUCAUCCAUCUCUUCCUUCACCUGCUGCCCCUGCUGCUUCAGCUGUUCCGCUUCCGUGUGCUGCGGCUGCUAGCCUGUUGCGAAAGCGCAAGAGGGAAGUCGAGCUGCUUGUAGCUGCAGCGGUCACGCAAGGGCCAAGUCAAGGGAAGACAUAUGCAGCCGCUGCCUGUUGCUGCAGCUCUUCCUGCCAGUGCUGCUGCUGCUGCUGCUGGAAGGAUGGGGCUUUGACUAGUGAAGGGGAGACACUGAGGAACAGAGAGGGCGCGAGCGGGAGGGCAGCAGAUAUAGGCAGUGGAAGACAGGAUGGUAACUGCGCCAGUCAAACCCGUUGUAGCAGCAGUGGUGGUCGCAGCGGUGGUCGCAGGGGUGAAGGGGAGGGGUGCGCUCCUCUAGGGGGGCGGAUGGAGAGGAGGAAAGGUGGAACAGAAGAGGAGCGAGGGGACCCUGGUGAAACGGCGACGGGAGAUGGGAGGAGUGAGGAGGAGGUUUUGGUGAAGGGAAGGGAGAGUGACAGGUGGGGGGAGGGAGUGGGGGAGGGAGAGGGGGAGGGAGUCUGUGAGGGAGUGUGUGAGGGAAUGAGUGAGGGAGUGAGUGAGGUGGAAGCAGCAGUUUCUGGUUGGGAGAGAGCGAGGAGGAGAGCAAAGGGGAGGAGCGCACUGGUGGUGCUGCCCCAUGCAAGCACUCGGCGAAUGGUGUGCCGACACCUGGCAUCCCUUGGGUUUAGAGUGGGUGAGGCAAGCAGUGGGGAGGAGGCGGAUCGGGUGAUAGAGGAAGGUGUGCGGGUGCUGGGGGAAGGGUGUGGUGUCAUGAGUGGGGAGGAAGGGAGACGCGGUGGCAGUUGUGGGGAUGAGGGUCGCACGGAAAGGAGGGAGUUUGUGCCCUCUCUCGUAUCCUUAGAUCUGGUGUGUCCGAGUAAGAGCCCUUCCGUGCAGCCACAAUGCGACAUGGCAGCACCCUCACGCAUGCAAGGAGCAGCAGCAAGCAUGGCAGCAGCAGCAGCAGCAGCGGCUACUACAGCAGCAGCAGCAGCAGCAGCAGCAGCAGCAGCAGCAGCAGCAGCAGCAGCAGCAGCAGCAGCAGCAGCAGCAGCGGCGGCUACAGCAGCAGCAGCGGCUACAGCAGCAGCAUCAGCAGGGGCUACAGCAGCAGCAUCAGCAGGGGCUACAGCAGCAGCAUCAGCAGGGGCUACAGCACUGGUGUCCCCCAGUGCGUUUGACCUGUUUGUUGUGGAUGCUGGGCUGCACUGGAUUCCCCCUGCAUGCGCACCCUCAGGCACUGCAGCAGCACUGGGACCAGCAGCAGCACUCGCAGAGGAAGUAGCAUCAGCAGCAGCAGCAGCGACCACCGAAAUCACCAGAGCAUCACCGGAACAGCUCACGGUUAAUCCUGCACCAGCAGCGUGUGAAGAAAUGCUCCUCCCAGCAGACCCGGAUGUCCUCCACAGCGCCACCAGCCCUGCCAAGGUCAUUCUCCUCGUACCCUAUGGCAGCAGGCAGGACUUCCGUCCAAUCCCAGACUGCCACGUGGCUGUUGUCACCUACCCCAUCCGCCAAACCGCCAUCAACCGCCUUGUCUGUGAGCUUCUCUCCCCGCCUCCUCUCGCUCCCUCUUCUCACCUCCCCUCACUCCCCACUCACUCCCCUCACGGACACUCCAGCAGAGGACUGGCUAGUGCAGUCAGUGUGAGCAGCAACGAAUGCUCACAUAGUAACUGUGGUAACCCGAUUCAGUGCAGUAACCACACGCACUGUGGUAACCCGAUUCAGUGCGGUAACCACACGCACUGUGGUAACCACGGCAGUGGAGAAGGCAGCUUGGGCUGCUGCCGCACAAGUCUCAGGGAUUCGCUGCCGAAUCUCCUGGCUCCUGGCUCUUCCAAGCGUGCGACUGGUUCGGAGGCGUGUGCCGAAGCUGUGUUGGCAGGCUGGGCUGCAACCAGAGCAGAGGCUGCUGCGGUAAUGAGUAGCAGAGGAGGAGAGUGCGCAGCAGAAGCCGGUGUGGGUGGAAAGGUACAAACUGGAAUAGCGAAAGGACCAGCGGCAGCGGCAGCAGAAGGAGCAGGAGCAGCAGGAGCAGUGCCAAGUGUGGCAGUGGCAGGAGCAACAGAAAGAGCAACACCUGCUGCUCCAGAAGAGCCAUCCCCGGUCGCUGCAGUGCCAACAAGUGUAGCAUCAGCCGGAGGCGGGAUGGCAGAAACCACAGCAGCAGGCGGGACAGCAGGAGGGGCGGCAGGAGGGGCUGCAGGAGGGGCGGCAGGAUCAUGUUGUGGGGGGCGAAGAGCGCGGGGACGGGCGGCAGCAAGGGCAUGUGUGGAUGCAGCAGGGUUCCAGUCAGGGCUGGCGCAGCAGCACCCUCUCAAGAUUCUCCUUGCCGAGGACAAUCUGGUGAAUCAGAAGGUGGCAACCAAGAUGCUGGGGCGCAUGGGUUACACAUGCCAUGUGGCAGUCAACGGGGCGGAGGUGCUGCAGGCGCUGCAGAAAGACUCCUUUGACCUCGUCUUCAUGGACGUUCAGAUGCCAGUGAUGGAUGGAAUCGAGGCAACACAGCGCAUAACGCACAUGUGGCCACCAAGCCAGAGGCCCAAGAUAUUUGCAAUGACAGCCAAUGUGCUCGAAACCGACCGCGCCAUGUGCAUGCAGGCGGGCAUGGAUGGCUUCAUUUCCAAGCCUGUCAGCGUGCACGAGCUGGUGCGAGCCGUCGAGUUCUCCAGCCUUGCUAAGAGGUGA